AUGUUCAUCUCAAAGUUGUCUUUUUGGGAAAGCGAUAUUCGACCUGUCAACAUUCUCUUGUUCAUGUCCCCUGUGGUCCGGGACGCCCUCCUUGUUCAGUUCCCUCAGCCAUGCGGUGCCUUGGAAUGUGAAAAUGGAAAGGAGACAUUCUACUCGGUGAUGACAGAUUCGUGUUACUGUGGCACAAUGGAAGACUGGUCCAACAAGGCGAAUGAAGCCUACGAUUCAUUCUCAGAGAAAUAUCAACAGCCCGUAAAAGACUUGCGCCGACGGCAGACACAAACGAGCCCAGCACCGGGAAUUGAUACUGCAGUCCCGACAUUCAUCCCUCCACCUAACCAAGACAUCACACAACAGUUGAUUCAGCAAUCCUUGAGUGUCCAGCCCCAGAACACGGCAAUAGUUAGCUCCAUGGUCCCCUAUCUUCUAGACGGCGUCAUCCAAAUCUACCUGCAAUUAGACGGUCCGGUGCCAACAACGCUUGUGGUCAACUGCAGUACUUCUUUACCCUGUGGCACAAUUGGACUGGUCAACCCUCAACCCAAUCUGGCGUUGGUACCCCUGGUGGUGAACCAAGGCCAAGGACAGCCUCAGACGGCGGUUGCUGAUUGUCAUUGCAUCGCUAUCAACAUGUACAAUCCACACAUCGCCACGUACUGGAUCCAGAAACUAAACGAUGGCAGCGUCUAUUCAGUCCUUGGGAACAAUGUGGUUGCGGAUAUCGACAAGAUGAAUACGACCCAGAGUACGGCUUUGACUCUCACCGCCGUAUCUCAGGGAGCCGACAAACGCAGCUUUGACCGCGACAUUGUGUAUGUUGAACCACAAAGACGACAAAUCUGGAGUGUUCAAUGUGACCGGGCCUGCCCUUUCCAGUACAUGAACAAGAUCAAGGGCACCGAUGGAUAUUGCGGUUGCAUGUUUAACGAUGUAGGCAAAACACUGGACGCCCGGACUUUGGUUGAGCCAGACCUCUACAAUGCAAAGAUGACUGCGGAAGCUUGUGCUGCCAUGACAUGUUUCAACGAUGGAGGCGAUGCGACUCCGGCGCUUUUUCAUCCCUUCCAACGGACUUGUUGGUGUGUCACACAACCAUACAUCGAAUCCAACCCAAACGCUUGGAGUCCUUCGUCUGCACCGAUAUCUUCUUGA